UGUUUAUAGUCGGUUGUUUUUGACAUCAGAUAUCGAGUUUAAAUAUAAUGGAAGAAACCGAGGGCGUGAUGGAUGUAGACCAAUGUUUGGUCGGGAAGUUUAGUUCAAUGGGCACGACCGAUAAAGAUGUUUUAAUCGAUGAGUUUCGUAAACUUCUGGGUUUCCAACUUAACGCUGCAGGUUGCGAGUUCUUUCUAGACAUGACAAACUGGAACUUACACGCGGCGAUUGGCGCUUAUUAUGACUUCGAGAUGCCUUCGAGUAAAAUCCCUUCAAUGUCGUUCGUUAGUGACAUCACAAUAGGAGAGGGGGAAGCGAUUCCACCAGGAACAGAUUUUAUAAAAACCUGGAGAUUUCAGAAUUCGGGGGUCGAGAAGUGGCCACUAGGUUGCACCCUUCGCUUCGUUAACGGGGAGCGAAUGAGUUCCCCCGAGUGGAUAUCGGUGGGCGAGGUCCAACCUCAUGAAACCGUCGAUGUUUCAGUGAAAAUGCGAAGUCCGAUAAACGCUGGAUUGUACCAGGGUCAGUGGAGGAUGUUUACGAGGGGAAUGGCGCCAUUCGGUGAUAUUAUCUGGGUGAUCAUAUCAGUAGAGGUGGGUGGGUUGUUGGGGGUCACGCAACAAAUGUCACAAUUCUCCACCGGGACGAACAACCAACAUCAGUUGAAUACGACGCAGAACAAUCCAUUCGCUGUGGAUGGAUUGGGAGCAAACAUGGACGUUAAUGUUUCAUUUGGGAGCAAUAAUGGCGGACAAACAUUUGAUGAAGUUCCGCGGAAGUGUGAACGAGGUACAGCACAUGACGUGUCGUCCUGUUGGGAAACGAAAAGUCCGACCUUGACAAUGGAAGAGGGUUUGGGCGGGGAAGGCCACACCCUGUGUCGGAUCGAUGAAGAAACAACGAACGAUGGGAAUAAUAACGAGGGAGUGAAAUAUCUUUCGUCAAAAUCCUCGUACGACCUCGCAGCUCGUCAAGCGUCACCUUUCACAUCACCCUCCAAACUCGUUGACCUGGAACGAUCGUUCUCGACCCCAGAUGCCCCUUCACCCAUUCACCCAACAACCAAUCUACUUUCAAUAAAUUUCCAGGAAACCCCCAAAGCUGCACAACGACUCGACUUCUCGUCCAAUUCUUGAUUCAGUGUUGCGCAACAAUGAGGUUUAUCAUGAAACGAUGCCGAUUGUAAAUAUCAUAAUCGAGUUUGUGAUGUCAUAAUGAGGUAUUAUGACGCAGCAAUGAAGUUCCAAUUAACAAAGAAGUUUAUCUUAAACAUAGAAACAAUAUAAAAUAUAUUUUUCAUGUAAACAUAGAUUGCCGUUGCAACAACAACAAUACAUUACAUCACAAUCCCC